AUCCGAUGAGUGAAUUUAAAAAUCGCGCAAUUGUAACGUAAACUGUUUCAUGUGUGCUCGGUAUGACAUUAAAUCACAAUAAUAACGCAGAGAACCUUAUUUUUCGAGCGUAAUGUGAUAUUCGCGGGAUCUAGCAAAUAUCGAAUCAUAAAGAUAACUCGACGUUAAUUAGUGUUCAUUAAGCACUUCAACAAAACGUGGUGGAAAUAGCUGGCGAAUACGCGUGAUAGUGCAUUAUUCGAAAGAAUUCACUAACAAUACGUUUGGAUGAGCGUGUCCUUGACGGUUAGUGAGAAUUUUUAUUUAUUAGAGACCAUUAGAGCGAAAAUUACUGUUAUUAUUAUUAGGUUAUCGAGAAGAUCUCUCGACAGGAUGUGCGAUUUGAUAGAUUUAAAUAGCCCCGACGUGAAGGGGUUGAUAAAUUCGAAACUAUCAUCACCUCUGAUUCCUGUACCCGGAAACAUUGAAUCCGACGAGCAGGCAAGCUCAUCAAUAACGGAGAAAUGCGAAAGUUUAGGCAGUAAUCCGUUCGACAAUGUGUUACACGAAACUGCAGAAUAUGUUAAAAAAAAGGGCGAUCCUUUCGAGGUGAUGUUGCAGCGAGCCUUAAAACACAAAAGCAAUAAGAGUACAAAGUUGGAAGCGGAAUCAGUGAUUUUCAAGGAUGAUUUUACUCCAAAACGCAGAAAAAAGUUUUUGAAGAAGAUGAACAAGACACUGGAUGAAUCUCUAAUCGAAGACAGAUUUGGUUCAAUUGAUGGAGAGAAGAAGGAAAAGACUGUCAACCUUGUUACAAGUAACACUAUUUGUAAUAAUAAUGUAGCAAGAGGUAAGAAAUUAGUCCCUAAGCAAAGUAACAAAAUAAUUAUUAUGAAUGUAGGCAUGCUUAAAUUAUCAGUUUUAGGUCAAUUUAAUAUCUAUAAUAAACUAUAUAUUAUCAAAGGUCAUAAGCAUAAAGAAAAUAAUGAAAUAUUAAUUUUUUCAGAGAAAGAUUCCCUGUUCAAUGAAUUUGUUCUUCCUAAAAAUUCAACUCGCAAAUCAUAUUUUGAUCUUCAUCACUCAUUAUCACAAAAUAGAAAAUCACUGACUGAAUCACAGAGUCUAGAUAAAAGAUCACAGUCCAUGACAGAUACCUUGAGAAUAUCUUCACAAAGUGAUAGCACUAUGUUGUCCUGUUUGAACACAGGUUUUUUGAAAAGUAGCCAGAGUCAACAGUCUGUAUUUACUGAUUCAUCAGAUGUUUCUUCUAUGGCAAGAUCGGAUUCUGUCUCAACAUCAAAUCUUUUGCCGAUAUUACCAAAUAGCAUUGUGAAUCAUUGUGCUUUCUUGGAUAAUGAUUCUAUGAAAAUGAAUAAUGAGAGGAUAAAUACAGCUGAGAAUUCUACAGAAAUGAAAUCAAUCCAAUACAACUUAUCUGAUUUAACAGAAAGACGUACAUUAAGUUAUGCUAUUAAUAGAACAGCCAAUACCUCGAGUUUUAAGGAAGAGAUUAGUCAAUCUAAUUCUAUGAAAGGGGAGGAUGGCAAACCAACUAUGGACAAUAAAUUGAUAGAUAUUGAUAUAUUUUUUCUAGAACAGAGUUCCAACAAAGAGCAUAAUAAAAGCACAAAUUCUACUAAUUCUUCGGAUUCUGUAUUUAUUGAUAAUAGCAAAGCUGACAAGUUAAUACUAAAUGAAGCUAAAGAACUCUCAAGAAUUUUUGAAGAUCUAACUGUAAGAACAGAUUCUGUAUCUAGUACGGAUGAUCUACUUUCAAAUGAUACUCUAUGGAUAAGAGAAUUACUACCAGCAUUUGAGGACGAAGCUGUAGAUAAUUUAAUUGAAUUUCUUGUUUCGCCGAAGAAAAACGUAAAGGACGAUAAAAAAAACGAUUUGAAACAAUCUCCUGCAAGUAUUAAUAAUGCAGGAGAAAAUUUUAUGAAAAAUAUAGAAUCGCAAUUUACUGAUUGUGUUCCUAGUGUUAAGCAGACAAUGGUAGCUACAUUAUUAUCAGAUCUAAAGAAAUUAGUGGAAGCAGAAAAUAACUCGGAAGCGAGUAAGUUAAUUGAUAAUCUAGAGAGUGUUUUGGGCGUAAGAUAUAAAAAUAAUACAGAGCUGUUAGCAAGUUUGAAUGUAUCGAACGAAUUACAAAUUUUUGAAAUGACUGAAGAUAAAUUAAACAAAAGCAAACAAUCAGAUAAGACAAGUGUAUAUAUCAGUAAGAACCAGGAAGAAAAUAGAGAACUAUCGUGUGAGGAAAAAAUCUGUGAUAAAAAAAGUUUACUGCAGCAUAUAAAUCAUAAAUCGGAAGAUAUGUCACAAGCUGCAACUGUCAGCAACGAUAAUUCAUUAGCCAAAAGUUCACCUUGUAAUAAUAAUGAAGAUCCUGUUAAUAUUAUAAUUUCACCUAAAAUAGAAUUAAGUACCAGUUUGACUAACAAGAAAGAUACCGACGAACAGCUAGCAGUAGAAUUGUUGGUUAAUCUUGCCAAAUUGUUGAGUGGUCAAGCUGAGGAUGCCACAAUUUUGCGAUUACUUAAAAGCAUAGGAAAGGCGUUGAAUAUAGCAUCUAAUAAUUGUAAAAGUGAAGAGAAAUUGCAGAGGGAUGAUAAGUCAUGUAAUACCGAACGAAUUAUGGCUUUAGAACCUGAACACAACGUACAUCUAGUCGAUGUAACAGAGUCUACGCAGAAACAAGACAUUAAUUUAAAAUUUAAACAACUUGAAAAAACGAGUCGAAGAAGCAUAUCUACGAUGCAUUCAUCAAACGCAAAUACGUCGAACACGCAAGUAAAAGCAAAACGUAAAAACACAUCAGGAUUGAAAAAUGAGAAACAUUUCUCGAAUCAACCCGGAUUUAUCAAUACUGUGGCAAAUAAUAAGGUUUCAGGAGCGUCUAAUAUGAGAAUAGCGGAGGCCGUAGAUCUCAAUGACAAGAAUGAAGAACCAUUAGCAAUAAUUGAUAUAAAAAAGAAGUUAAAGAAAAAGUCAGAUAUAGUUAAUAAAAGAGGCCCUAUGAAAGCAAUGCAUUCUGUAAGCAGUGUACAAAAAAAAGUAUCGCUUGGGAAACGAACAGCACCGUCUUCUCAAGUCAUCACGCCACCCAAGUCCAACACCACCGCUUCUUUCGGCAGUAAAAUAAUCAGCAGCACUCCUAAUUCGAUGACCUCGUCAACGUCGAGUGAUCAAACGGAGGAAACAUUGAAAACGCAGUUAAAGUCCACUGAUAAAAAACGUAACUUCUCUUGCGACAUUUCACCAGUGAGUACGCAGGAGAGAGGUAGUCCUAGAAGAUCUAUUCAGCUACCGCCUGCGAAAAUAUGCACACCUAAACGUCAGCGAGCGGAUUCAUCCGGUAUUCCGAAGUACCGUACGCCGCCGAGAAAACUUAAUUGUUCACUCGAUAUGAGCAGCCAUCAUCAACAAUCUCCGCAGUAUUUGAACAAAAGUUUAACAAGCUAUCAACGAUACUCUCCUAUCCGUCCAAAAAGCGCUGAAAAAAGACCACAGAGUCCUCUCAAAGAAAGCAACAAGUUCCUUGCAAAAGUGAAACCAUUUAAGUUGAUCUCUAAAAUUCUUAAGGGAAGUACUACCAAUGAUUUCACUGAAAAGGAGAAUUCCUCAGAGUAAAAUGAAAAAA